CCCGACGAUUUAUGUCUUUAUCUUGAUUGUUUGUAUUCUUUGGAUUUUGGGUUUUACCGCUGGCUUUCCGUUUUGAUCUUUCUGUUUUUAACCAUCCACCUCUUUAGAUGAUUUGUAUUUCAGUACAUGAUGAACUGACUUUAAUUUCAAAAGGGUAGAUUUUGAUUCUGAGUGAUUUUUGGGUUUGCUUUUACGAUUUGGAAUUUGAUUUGGACUUUUAAUGUUAAGACCAUGAUUUUGAGUAUAUAAUUUCGAACAGAGUUGUAAUUUUUAGAGCCAUAAAGAAGGGGCAAAGGAGAAGAAGGAGCAGUCACCAGUGAAUAGAAGGUGUCUAGUUGUCACUCUAUGAUUAGGCUUUUCAAGGUGAAGGAAAAGCAGAAGGAGCUUGCCGAAGCCAAUGGAGGGUCACCUCUUAAGAGGCAAAGCGCUGGAGAGUUGCGCCUUCAUAAAGAUAUAUCUGAGCUGAAUCUACCAAAUUCUUGUGCAAUAUCAUUUCCCAAUGGCAAGGAUGAUCUUAUGAACUUUGAGGUUUCAAUUAAACCAGAUGAAGGAUACUACACAGGUGGUAAGUUCUUCUUUUCAUUCAAAGUUUCUCCUAUCUACCCACAUGAAGCCCCAAAAGUCAAGUGUAAGACCAAGGUCUACCAUCCUAACAUUGACCUGGAAGGAAAUGUCUGCCUCAACAUCCUACGAGAAGAUUGGAAACCUGUUCUUAAUAUUAACACCAUUGUUUAUGGAUUGUAUCAUCUUUUCACGGAACCAAAUCAUGAAGAUCCCUUAAACCAUGAUGCAGCUGCAGUGUUGAGAGACAACCCAAAGAUGUUCGAGUCCAAUGUGAGAAGGGCAAUGACUGGUGGAUAUGUGGGGCAGACCUUAUUCCCAAGAUGCAUAUAAACUUUUGUUCGGGUACACCACAGUGCUGAUUGAUAUAUUAUCUUGCCAUGGAUGUGAGAUUGUAAUAUUUGUCGUGCAGACUGCAUUUUCUUUCUUCACCUUCUUUCAAGUGUGGAUGGAAUUGUGGUGUUCGAAACUAUUCAACUUUUGUGAUGCUGCUAUAUUUGUGUAACAGAGAUGGAAUGGUUGUACUUAAUGCGUUGUCUCCGAGUACUAGUUAUGUUGCAACGGCGGA